AUGUGCCUCUGGGGGGCAUACUCUCUAUGGGCUAGUCUCGGCGCUGCGUUUAUUUUUCUUUCUGCUCCUUCAACCUUUGCGGGUGGAAUUCAUGUUCCUAUCAUCAAUUUGGAUUCCUCAUCAUUGAAAACGCGCUCACUUGGUGUUGGGGCCAUAGGCUUAGGUGAUUUCAAAGAUGUCUCGUACAACGUUCUCGUUAAGAUUGGCGUUGUCACUUUACCCGUGAUCUUGGACACUGGAAGCGCGGAUCUCUGGAUUUUACUUGAUUCAUGUCAAGUCAAUUGUUCUCACAGUCUUCCAGUAUAUCCGCAUAAGUCACUCAAGUAUAGUGGUGUUGACGCGCGACUCUUCUAUGGAGAUUCUACCACGGGGACAUACGCCUUUGGGCCCAUUGGGAAAGAUACAGUAGCUGUCGCCAACUUGUCCAUGCCCAACCAGUGCUUCGCUGGCAUCAAUCAAACGGACACAAACGUUGCUACGAUGAACUCCGUUGGGAUUUUUGGGCUCGGAUUCCCGGUAAACAGCGUCAUCUGGAAUGCACUCUUUAACCAUCAAUAUCCAUCUGGAAUGAUGACCUCCUCCAAUCGCCCCUCUUCCACAACGUCGCAAAGCCCUCGCUCAUCGUCUCUGGCGAAGCGUGGUAAAUAUAACGAAUUGCUGCACCCCCGGAAAGUGUCUCCAGAUAUUGCUUUUGAAUUCAUGCAAAGUUUAGCGACCGUGGAUCAGUUGCUCAGCACCUUCAUCACUAAUGGUCCACUCAUUGCUCGGAUGGCAUUCUCCGGGCUUCUGUUAGAGCCAAGCUUCUCUGUUACUCUGCAGCGUGACUCUCUCGAUAUAGGAGGCAACAUUGGGUUGCUGAGCAUGGGUGGACUCCCAGACUCAUCGUUCACUGGAAUCAAUGGAGUGGACACCCGUAACCUAUCAAACCCUAGUCAGAACAUAGGCUCAACACAGGGAAGAUCAUGGGAAGUGCCAAUCACAAAUGUGUAUCUUGACGGAGAACUGCUGCCAAAAAGUACCUUAAGCACUGGGGUUUCUCUUUCUGCAUUAAUUGACACGGGGAGUUCGCUGAUUCGUGGUCCAAGCGACGUUGUCAGCUUCAUUUAUGGGCGAAUAUCAGGCUCAUCUGAGUCGAUGCAAAAACUUUCUCAUGACAUUCGAUUCAAUUGCCUGGGCAGUGGUCAGCGCUUCCCAGUUGAUCCUCGUGAUUUUGGCAGGCAGGCCGCGAAUAAUGAUAUACAGACUUGCAACUCCAGCAUAGGGUUUUUAUAUGCGUGGAGUCUUGGCGCCCCUUUCUUGAAGUCUGUGCUGGCUUCUUUCUAUUAUGGUAAUUUAACGCAUCCAUCUGUUGACCCUCCAAGAAUGGGUUUUGUCUCGACUGUUCCCCCAAAUUCCAAGGACCUCUUUGCAGCAGCAAUCAAGACAGCGCACAAUAAUUUCCCUGGUCCUCCUCCUCAAAGUGUCCCAAACACUACCCUAACUGGGAUCGCCGGUGUCGCUCUGGCUCCAACUCUGUCUUCAACCGGCCCGACCACCGUAUUCUCCAUCGUCUCUAGCCCCAGUCCAAGCUACACGCUGUCGUUAUCACCAUCUCAAUUCACGUCAACAAACAAUUUCCACAAUUCUGCCCUUCGCACGACACCAAACAUCGCUUGCGUUAUCACCAUUGGUUCCAUCCUCGCCCAUAUAUAUAUCUGA